GGCAACAUGGCCUGUGCUACUAAUCGUAUUCUGCUACUCGCAAUAGUUGGCGUUGUUUUUAUCAGCGGCAGCCAAAGCGCCAAUAUACUGGGCGUUUUUACGAGUCUGAGUCCAUCGCAUUUGAUUGUACAAAUGUCCAUGGUCAAGGUGCUAGCGGAGAACGGGCACAAUGUGACUGUGGUUACAAUUCUGAAGCCGCCCGUUACACACAAAGGUAUCAACGUGCUGCAGCUGCCCCUCUCCGAUGAGGAUCAACGUAUGAUGAGCGCAACCAUAGGCAAAAUGGUAGCCAGCGAUAACAGCAACAUGGUCGUUUCUAUGUUCCGAACUAUGGGCCAAAUGAAGUUAAUGUUUGAGAAGAUGAGAGAUGCCCUGUUGGACCAGCGAGUGAAGAACUUAUACGAGAACAAAGACAACAAGUUCGAUUUGGUUGUGAUUGGCUACUUCUUGAACAACUAUCAGCUUGGCAUUGCCCAUAAGCUGAAGGUGCCAGUGAUAUUAGCGGCCACUAUGCCACCAAAUCAAUUGUUUAAUAAAAUACUGGGCAAUCCUCAGUUGGCAUCACAUGUGCCGGCAAUGCCUGGGAUCAGUGUUAAAGGUCAGCCAAUGACAUUCUCACAGCGAUUAAAAAACUAUAUAACAACCUGCGCUAUGGGAGUUUUCAUGUGGAUUUUGGAAAACAAUGAUGCCAAAGAUUAUAGAAAAGUGUUUGGCGAUGAUCCAAACAUGCCCCCCUAUGAAGAUCUGGCUAAGAACGUUUCGCUCACAUUCUUUAGUUCGCAUGCCCCCAGCGAGGGUCCCAUCAGACCCAAUGUGCCGGCAAUAGUAGAGGUGGGCGGCAUUCAAAUUAAAGAUAAGCCAGACGAAUUGCCAAAAACAAUUGCCGAUUUCCUGAGCGACGCUAAAGACGGCGCCAUUCUCCUCUGCCUUGGCUCCAAUGUAAAGGGUGCUCACUUGAAACCCGACACAGUCCAGAACAUGUUCAAUGUUCUGUCCAAACUGAAGCAGAAGGUCAUUUGGAAAUGGGAAGAUCUGGAUAAGACACCUGGAAAAUCCGAUAAUAUACUCUAUUCCAAGUGGCUGCCACAAGAUGACAUCCUGGCUCAUCCCAAGAUUAAGCUAUUUAUAACUCACGCAGGUAAAGGCGGCAUCACAGAGGCCCAGUAUCAUGGAAAGCCCAUGCUGGCGCUGCCUGUGUUUGGCGAUCAGCCUGACAAUGCUAAAAAGAUGGUCAAGGAUGGGUUUGGACUCAGUUUAAGUCUAGCAACACUGGAGGAGCAGCCUUUCCAUGAGGCUAUUCUGGAGGUCUUGAAUAACCCUCAGUACUCACAGAAAGUACAGACCUUCUCCUCUCUUUAUCGCGACCGACCAAUCUCUGCCCAUAAGAGUGUGCUCUAUUGGACUGAGUAUGUUCUGCGCUAUAAUGGAGCUCCCCAUUUGCAGAGUCCGUUGGUACACAUGAAUUACAUAUCAGCCAAUAAUUUGGAUGUUUAUGGGCUGUUGAUUACUAUCUUAUUGGUAUUUAUUUUUGUAAGUAAAGUAAUUUUGACUAAGUUAUAUAGAAAACUGUUCGGUAAAGCGCAGAAAACUAAAAAAAUAAAAAAAUCUUAA